AUCACCAUGCCUGUCGACUACAAUGGCACCUGGAACAUGGUCAGCAAUGAGAACUUCGAAGGUUGGAUGCUUGCAAUUGGUAUUGACUACCCAACACGGAAGAUUGCCAAUUUUCUGAAGCCACAGAAGGUCAUUGAGCAAAAUGGGGAUAAUUUCACCAUGAAGACUGUCAGCACCUUUAGGAACUAUAAUUCCACUUUUAAGAUGGGGGAGGAGUUUGAGGAAGUGACUAAAGGAUUGGACAACAGGACAUGCCAGACCGUGGUGAACUGGGAAGGUGACAAGAUAGUUUGCGUGCAGAAGGGAGAGAAGAACAAUCGUGGCUGGACACACUGGAUUGACGGAGAUCAGCUCUACCUGGAGCUGCGCUGUGAGGAUCAAGUCUGCAGACAGAUUUAUAAGAAGAGUCCGUGA